AUGCCUCACAAUAAAAUGCAAGGGGGGAAGAGGAGGACUAACAGGUCUAAAAACACAGGAAGGUGCAGGGUCUUAUGCUGCACUAACUGUAGGAGAUCAACAGAAUCAAGUGUCGAAAACUCAGGGUUAUCAGAUCGGUAUGCAUCAAUCACGAGCCUUGCACAUUUCAUGGUUCAAGAAAGAUUAGAUCAAAUGAUUAAGGAAAGCGAGAAAGAUCAAGCAAGAAGAUUAAUGGAAGCACGAAAAAGGAAACAAAAGACAGUACUUAAAGACGCUAAUACGAAUACAACUGGUACCAGCAGUAGUAACAGUUAUAGUAUCAGUAAUAGUAGCAAUAGAAGGUUACUUCUGAUGCUUGCUAUGGAGAAAUCGUCUCAUGAUCCGAGGGAAGAUUUUAGACGGUCUAUGGUGGAAGUCAUAUUAGCAAACCGAAUCAAAGAACCGAAAGAUCUUAGGUAUGUAUUGAAGUGUUAUAUUUCAAUGAAUUCUGUUGAGUACAGAGGAGUUAUACUUGAGGUUUUCUAUCAGGUUUGUUCUGAUAUUUUCUUUUGCUGUAAAUGUCACUGA